AUGUAUGUAGACCCAAGACUCGUAAACUAUAUUGCAAUGUGGGCUUCUCCAAAAUAUUGUAUAGCAGUUGGAAAAAUUAUGGACUCCAUAGACAAGAAAGUUCAUGAGAAGUUAGAUGAAGAAGAACUUGAAGAUACAGUAGAGAAUGCAAAACCUUUGUUUGAAGAAGAAGUUAGAAAAAUGCAUGAAAAACAAAUAGAACAUGAACGUGAGAUAUGUUCUGGUUAUAGAGAUUCUCCAUACGAACUAGACCAAUGGGAACAAGAAGAUUUAAAGAGAGAAUUUAGAGAAUAUGAACUCGCUAAGAUAGCAUUAGAAGCUGCAGAAAAGAAGUUAAAAGCUUGGGGUCGUUUUGUACAAAAAUAUUGUGAGUAA